AUGGACCACGGCUCCGGCUCGCAAUGCAUAACCAACAUGCUCUUUAACUGGGACACGACAAACCUCUGUAUCGUUUUUCCAUCCUGGCGAAUCACCGACAACACGUCUCUCGUUCUUUCGUUUGUGGCUGUGGUGUUUAUGGGAAUGAGUUAUGAGUGGUUGAGGAGGGUUGCGAGGAGUUAUGAUGCUUAUUGUGCAAAAUUGGUGGGUGAGGGGGAUGGGAGAAAGAGGAGGGAUAGUGUUCCGAAGCCGGCGAGUGGGAGUGUGGGACAUGAGGGCAGUGUUGGGGUCGAGGAGGAGGAGAGUGUGUUUGGUGGUGUGGCAUGGAGGAAGGGCGGAAGGGUCAACUCGCAACGACACAUGAUCCGUGCGUUGCUCUAUGCUAUGCAGGUUUCCGUGAGCUUUUUCCUUAUGCUCGUCUUCAUGACGUACAACGCAUACUUCAUUCUUGCCGUGACUUUGGGAGCUUUCCUCGGUUUCUAUAUCUUUCAACAAGACACGGGUAUCUCGAGUCAACGGGGAAUGGCGUGUCAUUAA